AUGCUACAUCAAGAUUGUCAGAUCAGAAGCAAGGACCACUCGAAAAAUCCACGCCUAGAGGUGAACGCCAUCAUUGAGAAGCCCCCUGCCAGGGUUUAUAAAGAAAAGGAAGAAGUCCAAAUUCACCCAAACCGGUCGGAUCCGACCACCUUCAUUGCCGCCGAUCUAGAGAGCAAGAAAAAGGCGGAGAUGUCCGCCUACCUCAGGCAAAAUCAUGACGAAGACCGGAUGCAACCUUCCAUUCGGCUGGAUUAUCAGGCCACCAACAACAAAGCUGAGUAUGAAGCCUUGAUAGUCGGCUUACAGGCAGCGCGACAUGUCGGAGCCACAAAAGUCCUCAUUCACUCGGAUUAUCAAUUGGUCGCCCAACAACUAUCAGGGACGUUCAAGAUUAGCAGCUCCCGACUCAAGUUAUAUGUAGAAGCUUUUGAGAAGCUGAAGAUAAAUUUUUAA